UGUCUCACAGAGACAGGUGUAGCCAUGUUAUCUCAUUCUUGCGAUAUUUUACCGAUGACUUUUCAAGUUACGUACAUAUUAAUAAAUCACAGAACUUAAGGACUGUCCAACAUCAGUGUUUGAUUGAAUGCCUUUCUCUAUCAGGGAUUACAGAUAUACAGAAGUAUCCUGAUAGGCCCCGACGUUACCAUGGAGAGAUGGAACCACAAUCCUGUAGAGCAAGUUUCUGUGAGCCACUCUGUCAAUAGUACAGAGGUCAAGCCUCAGAGAGAAGGAGAGGAACAUGAAGAGACAAAGCUUGUAGCCAGAAUCACCAGUGUAGAAAAUGAAAGUUCACUAGAACCACUGACCCUCCCUCCGUCCUGUGUCCUCUACAGCAACAACCUUAACGCCAUGGACUGGGAAGAGUGUGCGGAGUGUUCCCUGAUCAGAGAUUCAAUCACACAGUCCCCAGAGUCUACCAUCUUCUGGAACACAAUCAGGAAGGGUCCAUCUGAAGGAGGGUGUCACCGGAAGUAUAUUGCCCAUUUCAUGGCUGCUUUGAUGGACUAUGCCGACGAUCCAUGUCUGGGAGAGGAUAAGACAAUAGCCUUACUCAAACAACUUUUGCGGGUAGACAAAUCAGAUGUGACGGCGAGAGUUGAUUACUCCCACUUCGCACGCUUGGUCAAGUAUUUCGGACCUAUAAGGAGGAACGAUUGUGUCAUGAUAAAACAGAUCCAUGGCAUUGUACAGAAGUCGUCCAUAUUCACCAACAAAACGCGCAGAGAGACAGUAAGCUGGUUCGCUGGGGAUAUGACACGUGAAAUAGCCGAGUCCCUACUACACGGCCAGACCAAUGGUACCUACCUUGUCAGAAUGAGCCAAACGGAACCCGGAUGUUUCGCUGUCUCUGUGAUGUCAAGAGGAAUCAUACAACAUUUUGCGAUUGAGGCUGACGUCACGACGGCUUUGAGAAGCGUCCCCUAUAACGCCAAUUUACGACUGCAUGGUCUGUUGUAUCCGAGUCUGGUGGAGGCGGUCCAGUCCCUGAAGAGCCGGACAUUGUUAACUGAGGACGGAGUGGAAAUUAUGUGUAGAAAAUGCUGUCCAAACCUUUCCAUCAACGCUAUCGUAUCCGGAUAUCGGAAGUCAGCUAAACGGCGCUAACAACAUCCGAUCUGUAAUACGCCAAGUACCCAUCAAAACAGGCGGAAUCAAAACUACACUACCGGAAGUCUAUAUUAAAACACUAUCCCACAACCGGAAGUCUAUAUUAAAACACUAUCCCACAACCGGAAGUCUAUAUUAAAACACCGUACAAAAAAUGUACCUUUACAGAAAGUCAUUAUCAAAACACCAUGCCACAACCGGAAGUCUAUAUUAAAACACCAUCCCAUUACAGAAAGUCAUUAUUAAAACAUCAUCCUACAACUGGAAGACUACAUUAUGUAUGUAUGUUAUAUGUGUAUAAGUGUGAAUGCAUGACAAUGCAUCGUUUUAGAUUUAAGUCUUUUUGUGGACUUCGCCGCCAAAGAAACAUGUAGUCAGACUGCCCGCUGACAAAGACAGACGUUGACGAGUCCAGCAAAAACUAUUAGUUACAAAGUGUGUUCGGAUUGUCGAGUGAAUUUCUUGGCCUUUCGUAGGACUCCAGGAAGUAUCCUUGGCCCAUUGUUGGGCAGGCACAUGUACAUGUACCUUAUGUAAUAAUUGUAUUGUCUGUAAUUGAUUUGAUAUUCUAUACAAUUGAUUAUAGAUGUAUAACUACCGUAUUUAUAAACGAGAUAAAUUAGCUGUGAAA